UUGGUGAAAGAGGAAUUUUAGCUGUAGAAAGUAGUAAUUGGAGGCCACAUUAGGAGUCUAUUCACUCUAUUCAGUGAUCAAUAAAUCAUCGGCUUUAUAAGCAGUGGAAGUUCCUGCAUCUGGAAAGCUGACCUUAGCUACGCUCUUCAGUAUCGAAAUUGGUCCGUGAAAGCAUUUCAUUUGGUGAAACCCAACCCUUCUGCACUCAAAAAGUACAGCAAGCACAGAAGGCUAACAACUCACUGGUACUUUUAAUUGAUCUGGAAUUUCUACAAGGUGCCACCCUUUUCCACACCUCCUACCUCCUCCUUAAGUGACUCAGCCUCUGAAGGAGAAAUCUCUUGAGUUUUCAGACAGCUGGAUGGGGAACGACAGUUCAGCUCUCUGUCUGCUUUGAUUGUACCUCACUUCCAGGUAUCUCCAGGUUGACUUACCACACUGAGCCACACCAGGACACUAACUUCUACCGUACCUAGAUUCCUGCAGAAGGACACCCCACUGAACACAAUGUCAGCUUUCAGCAUACGAAAACAGUCUCCUAGUCAAAGCGAUAAUAAGAGCCCCUCUGUUGCAAUUAAAAGCAGACAACAAGCCAAUCAUGAUAUUAAUAAACGACGGACCCUUUUGCAAGAUAACAGCUGGAUAAAGAAGAGGCCUGAAGAGGAAAGUGCUGAUGAAAACUAUGGAAGAGCUGUGCUUAAUCAAUACAAAUCCCAAGAUAGCCUACACAGCAGUAGCACCAAUGAAAAGGAAGAUCAGAAAGCUGUACUUGGACGAUACAGGUCUGAUACUACCUUGGACAGAAUUCCAGACAGAAGUGACACUGACAAAAUAAAUAAGUCUCCAACUCUGAAUAACAAGCAAAGCAACAGAGAAUCUUGGACUCCUAAUGCAUCAUCCACAAACACUGCUGUGACUUCUCCAAUCAAGAAGAAAAGGCAAUCUUGGAUGCCUCCACCGGUUUCAAGUAGUAAGACCAUAACAGAAACAGUGGAAACAAAACGGACCACUUCAGAAAAUUCAGAGGCUCCAACGACGGCUGCCUUUUCAUCAGAACAGGUGACCCCGCAGAAAUCAAAGACUGAUGUGGAUGACCAAGCUCCAGCAAGGAACCAAGAUCUUGAUAACCUCAUCAAAGUGAAUUCAAGUUCUUUCACAAGUGACAAGGAAGAUGGGGACCUUGGUGAUCACACUGAAGUAAAGUCUCCUGAUGAUCAAAAUAAAAAGCGGAUAACUGAGCAAGCGUAUGAAAAUCCUCCAAGGGCUCCAUAUAAUCUCCCAGAAAUAAACUACUCCAGUGACAGUGAAAGAAAGACCAGCAAAUCAUCAUAUGGUGCCUAUGAAGAAAAUAUAACUGGAAAUACUAUCAAAACUGUUUACUCUACUUCUGAUCGGAGUAUAAUUGGAAAAGAUAUAUGUACAUACUGCAGGAAGCCCUUGGGCAUAGAUGCCAAAAUGAUCUUAGAUGCCUUGCAAAUUUGCUGUCAUUCGACUUGCUUCAAGUGUGAAGUAUGCAAAAGACCACUGGAAGAUCUGAAAGCAGGAGACAGCAUUUGGAUUUACAGACAAACUGUGCAUUGUGAGCCUUGCUAUUCCAAAAUUAAAGAAAAAUGGAUCUACUAAUUUUGACAUACAGAAAGCAUGAUAAAGAAGCUCCACUAGUGUUUUGUUAAAUGUAUUGGCCUGUUAAUUCAAACGGCAAUGGGAAAUGAUUAAUUUUUACUGCUAGGAACAAAUACUUUAAAUGCAGUCCUACUGCAUGGUUCCCAAAGGAAUUAAUUCCAUGAGAAUUUAGAUGCCUUUUCAUACACACAUUCCAGGAAGCAAAACAAGAUAUUGUACAAUUUAUCCAUCAGAUCUGUGAGACUGCUAAACUGUACAUAAAACUAACGAUAAUUUAUUGAAAUUUCUGAAGAGCAGCACAUACCUACACAUAUGUUUUGGAGGGGCUGUAUUCUCUUUACUGAAGCAUCUCCUCAGAUAUAAACAUCUGUUAUCUACAUAGCAUGAAUGGGAUUAAUCUCAUCAAAGAUUAGUCAUUUGAAAGUCAGUUAUUCAGUGUAAACUACUGUUUUCAUAUAGAGUGAGGUGCGUCUACUCUGUACCUUCGAGGAGAGACAUCAAUCUCCAGAAGAAGAUUCUUCUCAAGUAACUUAAAUGAUACCUCUCAGACAGAAAAAAUCAUCUUUGGAAAAUGCAUCUCUAUUACUGCAGAGGGAUUCUAAACAAAAAUUGUUAGAGGGUUUAACUUAGAAAUUUCCCACUCCAUGUUUGUAAUUCUGGUAACUAUUGUAUUAGCAUUUUUUUUAAGAAGUGCACACUUAAUAGUUGCCAUGAAAUCAUGAACUACAUACUUUGCAUGACAUGAUGUUGUUGUAUUUAUCUUUCCUACUUUAUGAAGCUGGCUAUCUAAACACCUUGCAUGGAUUCAUCUCACCUAAAUUUAAACAUCUACAGUGUAGACAUCUCCUUCUAAGUUACUUAUCUAUUCUGUCUGUAUAGUCGUACAAAGAAGUAGAUAGUUUUUAGGAAGUGAUUCGAUUGGUCAGAUUGCAAACAUCUAUUUUACCGUGAGCUUAACCAUGCUCUGAACAUAUGUCUUAACUUUCCAUAGUCUGCAAAGGAACCUGCAGUGAAUAGUUCAGAUUUCUAGACAUCUACAUUAGGCCAGAUAAAAUCCUUCCUUUGAGACUACAAUGAAAGCAUUUUUUUUUCCUUUUAGACAGCAUGUAUUAAAGUAUAGAAACUGAAAGAAGAGUCCAUGCUGAUCUAGUGGGAGAUGUCCCUGCCCAUGGCAGGGGGGUUGGAACUAGAAGAUCUGUAAGGUCCCUUCCAACCCAAACCAUUCUAUGAUUUCCACAACACUCAAUUGUUACCUGUCUUAUUUGCCUAAAAUAAUAAAUAGUUCAUCGGUUUACUGGACAAACAAAGGUGUUGACUACUAGUCUCUGCCAUGAGAUGUUUUUCAUCAUGGUUAUUCACAACUGAUUUAUCCCUCUUACCUCUCAGCCGAAAAGGCCUUCUUGGAUAUGAUCAUGACAGAGUCAGAGUGCUCAGAGGUUGCUGGACGUGAGCAAGAGCUUGGAAGGGUGAAAAGUGCGAAAGCCAUAGAUUAAUAUUAGAUUGCUGAACGGCUGUCCCAGCCAAACUUUCUCUCCUCGUCUGCACAUUCAGUAGUGGAGACGGGAUGUAUGGAUGUCUGCAUAAUUUAAACCACUGGGCCUGCAGCUGAAUCACGAUGUAAUCUGCCUUGCCUGGCUUAGAGGAUGUUGAGACUGAUACAUAAAGGAGCCAUGAAAGAGUAGAUAGUUUGUUUGGUUGGUUUUAUGACAAUUUCUUAUGAAUUAGCAGCAGUAGCUUUAA